AUGACUGAUCACUUCGCAAUCACCUUCAAACCACACGACCACGAUCUCAUUUCCGCGAGCACCAGAUCAUUGCGCAGGAUGCGGCACGGACGUGGCAAGAAGCAUGUAGGACAACAGGGGCAGGCAUCGUGGAUAUCUAGCGUUAUCAACCUCGCCAACACCAUCCUCGGUGCGGGCCUCCUCGCUAUGCCCUCUGCACUCUCAAAAAUGGGCAUAUUCCUUGGCAUCUUCGUUAUCGCAUGGGCAGGCUGCACAGCAGGCUUCGGCUUGUAUCUUCAGGCGCGAUGCGCACAAUAUAUCGAUCGCGGCCAUGUCUCCUUCGCGGCGCUCUCACAGCUCACAUACCCAAAUGCCUCGAUUCUAUUCGACGCAGCGAUUGCUAUCAAAUGCUUUGGUGUGGCAGUUAGCUACCUUAUCAUUAUCGGCGACUUGAUGCCAGGCGUAGUCGUUGGCUCCGUGCCCAGCGUAUCAGACAUCACUUUCCUAGUCAACAGGGAGUUCUGGAUUACAGCGUUCAUCGUCAUGCCGCUCUCCUUUCUCCGACGUCUCGACUCCCUAAAAUACACAUCCGUGAUCGCCCUCUUCUCCAUUGCCUACCUCGUCAUCCUAGUGGUCGCGCACUAUAUCAAAGGCGAUACGCUCGACGCCCGUGGCACAGUGCGAGUCUUAGAAUGGGCUGGGCCUGUCAGCGCGCUCACCGCCCUCCCUGUGAUAGUUUUCGCAUACACGUGCCACCAGAAUAUGUUCAGUGUCCUGAACGAGGUUGUAAACAACAGCCACUUCCACAUCACCACUAUCAUCUUCGCAUCAAUUGGAGGCGCAUGUGCACUCUACGUUCUCACAGGAGCUACCGGCUAUCUGAGCUACGGCGAUAACAUCAAGGGAAACAUCGUCAGCAUGUACCCCACCGCGGCCGCCACGACAGUUGGCCGCUUCGCUAUGGUAGUUCUGGCCAUGUUCAGCUACCCGUUGCAGAUCCACCCGUGCCGGGAUAGCAUCGAUGCGUGUAUGAAGUGGCGCCCAAGUUGGCGCUCGCGCCCACAGAAAACCAGUCUGACGCGAUACUCUCCUGUGGGUAAUGGAGCAGCGAAGCUGAGGAGGGAUAUGAGCGAUAUGCGCUUCGUUAUCUUGACUACGGUGCUCAUUGUGCUUAGUUUCAUCACAGCUAUGAUUGUCCGCAGUUUGAAUCUUGUGCUCGCGUUCGUCGGUAGCACAGGUUCAACGACCAUCUCCUUCAUCCUGCCUGGACUUUUCUACUACAAGAUUUCUGACCCGAAAAGCGCGCAUUAUCAGAGAUUGGUCGAGCAUGAACAUGAUGAAAGUGGAUUUGUGGUGGGUGUCGAGGGCGGCACGAGUGGAGACGGCGGUAACAGGUGUGAUUGGAGACGUGGACUGUUGCGCAAUGCGGCGCUUUUUCUUGCAACCUAUGGAUUACUGGUUAUGGUGACAUGUCUGGGUAUUAGUGUUUUUUACGGCGCGAGCGGACAUUGA